AGAUGAACACUUUAUUUUAAAGCGGGCUGUUUAUAGCUUUUUGCCGUGGUUCCCAGUAGGUUAUGACACGUAGAUCAUUUUGUGUUCACUUUAUCGUCGAAAAUUGUAUUACCGUGGUUUUGGUGUGGAACACUUAACAUGCUUUUAGCUCCACGAUUUUUACUAGUUAUUCCACUAUAUUAAACAAGUGACACGGUGGUGAUCAAUGUUUGCUUGGCGAGCCUGUGAUUACAUUCUGGUUCAUAGCAAGAGAAAUAAAGGAAAACAGUAGUAGAGCAGUGGAACUACUCAUUACGUGGACCACUGUUCCUGGUCGGCAAGACACGUGCCAUUAUUAUCCAACUGAUUCGUUUGGUGUCUCAGAUCGUAGUGCGUAAAUAUAAAGCUAAUUACUAUGUUGCACAACUGGAUUCAGUUAAUUGCUCUCCAGUGGCGUCAGUCAAAUCUGAAAUUUUACCGAGUUAGCUACAAGACGGUUUAAACCGAUUUGCGACGUUUACGAUCAUCUAAAUGUUUUCCCGUGCGAAAGAAACGGAUUUCUGAACCAUAUACAAAGGUUUCUUAUCUGUCAUCGUCUUAUUUUAUAGUUAGUUUGCCGACUAAUAUUAAUGACUAAGGUCCCAGGUUUUCAUUGUUUCGUUGCAUGUACAUACUUCAGCAUUGCUUAACCUUAACAUCAUUGGAAAUACAACAUUUUACGAUCGCGCAACAACGCUCCUUUAGUUUCGUGAUUUCAUUGAUUUUGUCUACUUACUUUUUAAACGAUGUCAUACUAGCUUCUUAAGCAGUAGCCACAAGCUUAAAUCAUUCUAGUGUCAAUCGAUGUCAAAUGUUUGAACCUCUCCAUUUGGUUUCGGUGGCCAGGUAGUACUACUAGUCUUUACAUAUACUGCGUUUUGGAGGCCGAGUGCAAAAAAGUAUAUUCAGUAGUUAUAUUGGCAUAUCUAUUUAUAAAGCAAAAUGGACUGCUAGUGCUUGCAUGGUUUACUGUUAGAGUUACCUUGAAAGUGAACUUUGUCUGAACAAUGUUGGCUUCAUAGUUAUAUGCUGUUAAUUAAUUCACAUUUCUAACUUGUCUAUCUAUUUUGACCAUUGAGGCGUAAAAAUAAGCGUCUUAUAAUUACCUACAAGUAUUACGCUCCUAACACUACAUAAAAGCUGUUUUUCACAACUCUCGUGUUAUCCUAAUUUUCAAUGAUAACCAUCCAUUGAAUAUACAUGUGAAAAAGUAUCAGUGAACUUUACCCAGCUUUUUAAGCCUCAAAAAAUAUUAAGUCGUGCCUUGUCCUUUAAAUGGUUCUUUAUGGAUGUAUAAAUCGUCUCUUGAGAAACAGUUUUGUCAACCAGAUGUGUAAACCCCUCCCAGCUUUACAUGGUUCACUGUAGCUGCAGUUACGUAGUUCUAACUUCACUAAGGUAGUUAGGGAUCAAAAGUCUUUCUUGUCGAAUAGGCUCGUCUAACUGAAUAAAUCAAUCAUGUAUCCUCAAUUUACUGAUUAUUCUGAUGCUUGAAUACGUUGUAUCACUCACAGUGUCUUCCUUAAUCAUCGAAUAGUUGUUCAGUAACCUUUGAAUCGUAUAUUCUCUCAGUUAAAUUUGCAGGCUUCUUUUACUGAACUAAUCUACGGUUGAUGAAUUUCUUACCAAUCAUGGAACGAGAAAAUAUUCUCAUAUCAUUUGUUAAGGGUGUAUUUGUCAAAAAAAUCAUUGAUUUUUAGCCUAAGCUUUGUUAUUGUGGUAGGAUCCCAAUGCAGAACGUUACGAUUAAUUUUCUCUAGUUUAUAAUAAUUCAGAUUAUUUAUUGACCUAGUUGUAAUAAUUUUACUUCUCAUAAUUAAAAUGAUUCAUGUGAUUAAACUAUACCAAUGGGACCACAUCCAGUAUGUAUAUGCUCUGCAUAUUUGGCAAAGUAGCUGCUUAAAUAUUUAACAGUCAUCUAACAUUCAGUCCAUAGAUUAGAUUUCCAAAUAACAACGUUUUGGUCGACUUGUCUAUUUCUUAUCUUCUUUUUCAAUGUGUUAUUAGAUAUGUCAUUUAACAAUUAAGACUUUUCGAGUCCUAAUUUUCUUGAGGUUAAGUGGUUUUCGUCUUCGUUUUGUGUCUUGGUUUAGAUACUUACAAAUGGACUUUUUGAAUUGGCUCAGUGGGUGGAAAAAAGAUUCUAACGAUGAUAGUCAGUUAGACUUCUCGUUCCUAUUUCCUGUCACCAUUGGAGUCGGAUCAAUAGUCAUUGUCUUGUUGCCCGCUACCGGAAUGAGUUAUUCGAUUUAAAAUCGACUAUGUUCCGAAAUACAAAGGAUGAAAACGUUUCUUCACGUCGUGGCAACUCCUAUUCCAAUUUCAGGAAGAAGCCAAAGCAUUCCAACAAAUCUGAAUCAAAUGCUACUCAAAUUCGAAAAACGGAAGUUUCACAACCACUUGUAGUCGAGACAAUAGCUCCAGCCUUACCUGUCCAACAAACGGAAUGCGCAUCAGUUCAGCCUAUUCAAAUUAAACAAGAAACAGUCAGCGAGGCAACAGAUGGAAUUGAGGCUGAGUUCUUUAACCCCGUUCAAAAGAAGCAGAAAAAGUCCAAGCGUUCAUCUAAAACGAAAGACGCACUAAAACAUGGUUUGAAUGAACAAACUGAGAUCGAUCCAGCAUGGGUUACGGUCACUUCAAAAAAGGUAAAACUUUCCAGCCGAAAUACUCAAAAGAAAAAGAACGUGGAUAGCGAAGGAGAUCAAUCAGUGUCGGAAAAUCACUCACCCAUUUCUUUUGCUGAAAAUAAGUCUAUGAAUUUGGAAUUAAACACAGAUCAAUCAUGUCCUACUAAGCGGUCGAAAGCUCCUGCCCAAACUCAACCCAUGAAAACUGAACAUAAUGAGAAUACAAAGUUGGGUACCGUAAAUUCGCAUACUUCAACACCGUAUGAAGAGUUGUUGUACAAAAAUCUUGGUGCUGAAACAGUAACAGCCAUUCGAUCACUGAUUCUGAAUAGCGAAACCCAUACUUCACGUCCUUCUGAAAUCCCUUCUUCAUGUGAUGAGAUGAGUAAACAAAAAAUAUCGUCUGUGUCUCCCAAAAAUACGAAUAAUCUGCCCACAACAAGUGAACUUAUAUCACAGCAUAUGACAGCCCAGCUACAAGCGAAAGAAGCUGAAUGUCAGGUUUGCGUACUGAAGUUGUCCAUUUAA